AAUAACAAUAGGAAAAUUAAGUUUUUAGACUUUUAUAAAUUGACAAGUUUUUUUCCGAGAUCUAGGGAAAACAAAGGAAAGGAACUCCGAUCCCGUUAAUAGAAUGGCUGCCACUCGUCGUCUGACACGGGAACUCUCCGAUCUGGUUGAGGCCAAGAUGAGCACUCUGCGCAACAUCGAGAGUAGCGAUGAGUCCCUGCUGGUGUGGACGGGUCUUUUGGUUCCGGAAAAGGCGCCCUACAACAAGGGCGCCUUCCGCAUCGAAAUCAACUUCCCGCCCCAGUAUCCCUUUAUGCCCCCAAAAAUCCUAUUCAAGACGAAAAUCUAUCACCCCAACGUCGAUGAGAAGGGAGAGGUGUGCCUGCCCAUCAUCAGCACAGACAACUGGAAGCCCACAACGCGCACAGAGCAGGUGCUCCAGGCCCUGGUAGCCAUCGUCCACAACCCGGAGCCAGAACAUCCGCUUCGUUCCGACCUGGCGGAGGAGUUCGUAAAGGAGCACAAGAAGUUCAUGAAGACGGCCGAGGAAUUCACCAAGAAGAAUGCGGAGAAGCGACCAGAGUAAUCAGCCGCAGCUCACAUUUAGUUGUAUAUCAAAAUUAUAUAUAGUUUGGACCAUCAAUUAAAACUUGUCAGACAUAAAUUGCCCUUA